AAUAUGAAAGCUAUAAGCAUCUCAAAGCAAUUCGUCUGCUCUCAUCCAGAUUGUGAUAAGGAGUAUAGUACGAAGUUUGCUUUGAAAAGACACAUGAUCAUCCAUGCUGGCACAAAGAAGUUUGCCUGAAGAUUCUGUAGCAAAAAGUUCUCUUUGGAGCAGUACAAGAAGGAGCAUGAGUAUAUUCACACUAAUGAGACUCCGUACGUGUGUGGCAUUGAUGGCUGCACACAAGCCUUCAGGCAGAGAGCCAAGCUAUGACUACACAGAGCUGGUCAUAAGGGGUACAAGAAGAAGAGCUACAAGGUCUACUCUCGAAAGAACAAGGGUGGAAAAUCAACAAAAGCUCAAAAGAGACAGGCAGUUGUUGCCCCAGAAGUUAGAUAUAGCACUCAUUCUUUCGGACUGAAUGAAUGCCAGAUGGUUGGCCAAGUCACUCAAGAUAUGGCCAAUUCUGCUCAAUAUGAGUAUAAUAUGAGUUUGCUUAUGACUCUUUCAACUAAUUAUUGCCUUUGUGAGAUAUAUACUGGAAGUCAAGGGACCUAUCCAAUCGGGUUCUAUGAUCAAAGUAUUACUCAACCAGAGGUGCAGUACACUAUGGAAAGAGCUAGGCAAGGUCUCAGUACAUUACAAACUCCAAAAGGAUCCUUCUACAAGCCAGAGGAUCAGAUGACUCCUACCACAAUGAUGGAGUCAGCUGCUACAUUUAACAUGCUAGACAACAGAUCUUGGCAAGAUUUUAGUCAGAGGAUCUAAGAACUUGGCUGUCUAGUUGUAGCCUUCCUUACUGGAGUAAACUAA